ACUUCACACCACUUGUGAUCUGCUAAAGCCUAGAACUCUCCCUUCCCUUGAAGCCAUUGCCAUCUCCACAACCAUGGCCAAUCAUAUCUUCCCACUUUUCAUUUCACCACUUAUAGUGAUCAUGAGCAUGUCAUUGAUAAUGAGCCAGACAAUUCUGGUAGAGGCACGCCAACUCUUGGAGGUAACAUUGCCUGAGCUUCCGAAGCCUGAAUUUCCCGAGCUUCCCAAGCCGGAGUUGCCUAAGCUGCCCGAAUUCCCAAUACCUGAACUGCCAAAAUUUGAAAUACCAAAACUGCCUGAGCUUCCGAAGCCUGAAUUUCCCGAGCUUCCCAAGCCGGAGUUGCCUAAGCUUCCUGAAUUCCCAAAACCUGAACUGCCAAAAUUUGAAAUGCCAAAACUGCCUGAAUUGCCACCUUUUCCCCAUUUUCCUGAUCUGACUAAGCCCACACUGCCAACUAUUCCCUCCCACUCAACUACCAGUCCUUGAAUGAUGAUGAUCAUACCAUAUAAUGUUUCGUGUUAUGGCAUACUUCAUCUAGUUUGCUGGGUGUAUUAUCGUUUGGUGUGGUGAUUAUACUGUACUCUACUAUUUCUUUAUGCCAUUUUUACUAUUUAGUACAGCAUACCUGUAUAAGGGUCAUUGCUACCAUGUAUUUUCUACUAUACCUUCCGUUACAAGUAAUAUAUAUAUGGAUACUCGUUUGGUUCUUUA